UUGCACUCCUAGCAGCUAGCUCCCACACUAGGCUGCCAGCGAAGAAUGAUGCUCUGCUGCUGCUGUCGCCACUGCCAGCAACUGUUGCUGCUACUGCUGUUACUACCACUCGUCCUUGUAUCUCCCCUGGAGGCAGCGGCCAAGGUCCCAAGCCGCUGUGACAACAUAUACCAGGGCUUCGCCAAGUGUCUCAUCCGCUUGGGGGAUGGCAUGGGCCACAGAGGUGAGCUGGAGACCAUCUGCAGGUCUUGGAAUGACUUCCACACCUGCACCUCUCGAGUCCUGUCGGGUUGCCCAAAGGAGGCAGCUGCCGUGUGGGAGUCACUACAGCAAGAAGCUCGCCGGACCCCGCAUCCAGAUAACUUGCACAUUCUGUGUAGCGCCCCUGUGCAUGUCCGGGAGCAAGGUGCAGGCUCUGAGACCAACCAGGAGACAUUGUGGGCGACAGCAUCUGUCCCAACCUCAGCCCCUGCUCCCCUGCUGCUAGCAACUGCUCUGGCCUUUGUUUGCCUCCUCGGGCCUCUGGCCUAGCUAUUGGGGUCAGGUAGCAGUGCCCCUACUGCCACCCCUGCUCUGGAGGCUGCGCUCUCAAA